UGUUUCCAUCUUUGUAUGUUCUCGCUGCUCGACGAACGUCGCACUGUUGUCGUCUUUCUUAGUAAAAUUAAGCCACGCUUUAGAUCGUUUCUGUCUACUUUUGUACUGCCCGCCAUGUUUUUUUUCUCCGUCUCUGUUCCUGUUCACGUUGACUGGCUCUCGCAAGACCGUUUUUAAACGCACCCGGAAGAAAAGAAUCGUUAAGAUAAAAUGUAAAUGAUGUUGACAUAUUGAACCAUUUGAAACCAGUUCUCAACAAGAACCGGUUCUCGAUUCCCAUCCCUAUCUGAGACACAGAGACAUGGACAUGCUUCCAUCAGUCUGAAACUGACCUGAGCGCUCUGCACCCCCAUCACCAACCGUCAGCUGUGGUCUCUUUUUUCAGGUCCGAAUGUGACAUUUGUCCUCAUCACCGACGACAUGACCUGGACUGAGGCCCAGAGCUACUGCAGGGAACACUACACAGACCUGGCCAGUGUGAGAAACAUGGCCGAGAACGAGGAGAUCAAAGACAUGAUUCCGUUCCUGAACGAAGUCUGGAUCGGCCUUUACAGAGAGUCCUGGAAAUGGUUCGAUGGGAGUGACUCCACGUUUCGAGACUGGAACCUGGGGUUUUCAGAACCCAACAACCUCUAUUCGAAGGAGUCUUGUGUGGCAGCAGACUUUGGAAACUCUGGGAAAUGGGAGGACUGGCCCUGCGGCUACAGGAGAGCGUUCAUCUGCCACACUGCCGGUGAGACGACCCUCUGACUGAAACUGAGUUUGGACUCUGAUCACUGACUGAAACUGUCUCUCAGUAGGUUGGUCACUCAGAGCUUGAACGUCACUUCAACUCUGAAUGAAAUGAAAUUGGAGGAUACUGUAGAUUCUGACGUGAAGGAUCUUCUCUGUUUCUCACAGGGAUAACCAAACAGGUGUUCAGGCUGAGUGUGCAGAAGAUGAGCCCCUCUCCGGAUCUCAGAGACCCUGCUGUGAUGGAGGACGUCUUCGAGCAGGUAAAACACGCUCCACCUUUUCAAUUAAAUGCAAAAUCAAUCAAAUGACUGUGAAGGGUGUAUUAAAAUCAGACGAUGGAGGAUUUGACCUGAUGCAAAUUCAAAAGAGCACAGCAGCACAAGAAAGAGUCUGCAGAGGGAGGAAACCACAAACCGCUCAGGAACAGGUCAAAGGUCAACUCCAGAACGGAUCUGGUUCAAGUCUGGUGCCGUCCGUGUAUUUUCUGGAUCUAAGUCACACCGACUGACACCAGUCUGAGUCCAGCAUGAGACUGUGCUGCCAAACGCUCCGUCAAACGUGUGGAUCAUAUAAAACUCUUCAUACAGGAACAGAAACGUUGGCGUUCCUUCGUUUGUUACGUGUGACUAAAACAGCGUCUCCAGGUGAGAAGAUCCUCUGGACGAGAGUUUUCAUGACCUUCGUCUCUGAUUUCAGCUCCAGCAGAAGCUGAAGGACGAGGGGCUGAACGAAAACAUCGAGCUGAGCUGGAGGAAGCAGCCGGAUGGAAACAUCCUCCAAAAGGUGGAGACGAAGGAGGAGGAGGAGGAGGAGGAGGGAAUGUCGUGUGCUUUAACUUUGUUUUGAGUUUCUCCUCCUCAAUGGUGUGAAAAUGUAGCUGUUUCUCUGACUUGAUGAGAUUUAUGAUCAGAAAUAAGAAUAAAAAUCCUGUUUAUCACAUUUAAGCAGUGUUGCCAUGGUUACUUUUAAAAAGUAAUUUGAUUACUGAUCACGGAUUACUCCUUUAAAAAGUAACUCAGUUAGAUAAUAACCAUUUUCUCUCCAACAUUGAUUUUAUUGGACGUGUAACAGGAAAGUCAAAAAUACAUUAAAAAAAGUCUCGACAGACGAAUCAUAAACUUUCUUUUUUAAACCAAAUAUAAAAUAAAGACCGUCUUUAAAAUACUGUAUUUCACUCCUCCCUCCAGUGUUGUUUUUGUUCACUUUGCCGCGGCGGCUGUUUGUGUAACUUCACACGAGUGAAGUUGAACAAUGACAGCUCCACUCGGUGUGAUUCCUCCGUCAGUCACGACUCUCCUCUCCACUCAGUAACACGACCGGGUCAGAACCUCCACACUCAAGACGACUCGGGCUCUCCGGGUCAUCAGGACACGGCUGAUCCUGGGUCAGCACAUCCACCUUUCUGAUCCCUCAGACUCUGACUCCGAUCAUUAUCACCUCCAGCUGAUGAGAGAAGAAGACAGAGAGCUGAAGUCAUAAAUCAGAGUUCACAGAGAGUCUCCUCAUCAGCUGUGUUUAGUCUCACUGCUGAAACCAACAUGGACUGACUCCGACCCUCUACUGACCUCAGAGUCUGCAGUCGACAGUCUGGACUCUCUUCAAGAUCAGACAGCAGCUUCACAUCUUCAUCCUUCAAGUUGUUCCCUCUCAGGUCCAGAUCUGUCAGGUGGGAGGGGUUGGACUUCAGGGCCAAAGCCAGAGAACUACAGCUGGUCUCUGACAAACUGCAGCCACUCAAUCUGAAUAUAGAGGGAAACAGGGCUUCUGUGUGAACUCUUCAACCCGGAAACAGCUGAAGAAAAAUGUAGAUAAUCAGAAACUAAAAACACCAGGAUGAAAAUUAAAACUGAAAAAUACAAACAUUUAAAAAACAAAUUCUCAUAAAAUACAAACCAUCCGGAAAUAUUUAUUUAUACACAUUAAAUCAGUCCUAAUACAGGAGAGAAAGGUGGUUUCUGACCCCACAGACUCAAGUCUACAGUCUGGACUCUCCAGAAAAACACACAGCAGCUCCACUCCUGAAUCCUGCAGCUGGUUGUUGUUCAGCUUCAGAUCUGUCAGGUGGGAGGGGUUGGACUUCAGGGCCAAAGCCAGAGAAGCACAGCUGGUCUCUGACAAUCUGCAGGAACUCAAUCUGAAUACAGAGGAAAAAAUAUAUAUAAGUUUUAAAUCUAUGACUCAGCGUAGGUCUGCCACAGUCAAGGACUAAACCAGAGAAGAAGAAAACAGACUUCAGCAGUAAGACACUCCUGUCCUGUCUGCACUUUAGUGUCAGCACUAACUUUCACAUCAGAAUCAUCUCAGCACUGAAGUCAAAAUGGUUUCUGACCUCAGGGUCUGCAGUCGACAGUCUGGACUCUUUAGAAAAGCACACAGCAGCUUCGCUCCUGAAUCCCCCACCUCGUUUUCACUCAGGUCCAGUUCUCUCAGGUUGGAGGGGUUGGACUGCAGAGCCGAGGCCAGAAAAGCACAGCUGGUCUCUGACAAACUGCAGCGCCACAAUCUGCCAAUAAAGCAAAAGAGGGAGAAAUGAUUCUGACAUCAAAAACGUGCCUACUCAAAAAUCCUCUGCCCCCUUCUCUAUUCCAGCAGAUAGAGAUGCUGUUUGUCAACUUAAGCCUGAUUUCCCCCCCUUCUAAAGUGACCUCUAACUUUUAAGCAACCCUAAGACUGUUGCAGCACCUUGAAAAAGAAUCAAAUAUUAUCACGUGUCGGGUUUUUUUCUUUUUCUUUAGACUGAACCAAAGAUGUACGUUCCAGUUGGAGGAACCCUCGACCCUCCGCUGCAUGUCUAACCCCCACUCUCUCCACUCUGUUUCCUGUCUCUCUUCAAUAAAGUCAAAAAUGCCAAAAACUAUCACUUCAAACUAAAGCUCUUGUUUCCUCCUUACAUACAGAAGGUUCUCGGUACCUCAGCACCGCUGUCAAUCUUAACACACCCAGUAAACUGACCUCAGACUUUCCAGUCGGCAUUGUGGACUCUCCAGUCCAGCAGACAGCAGCUUCACUGCGGAAUCCUUCAGGGUGUUGAGGGUCAGGCUCAACUCUCUUAGAUGGGAGGGGUUGGAUGUCAGAGCUGAGGCUAGAGCUUCACAGUCAGUAUCUGACAGCUCACAGUUAUAAAGUCUGUCACGACACGACAUGACAAAAUAUGUUAUCAGAGGAUAUGUGAUAUCCAAAACUGUUUAAAGACAACAUAAAACAGAUCAAUAUUUCUGAAAACUAAACCUGAGACUGAUUAAAGAGGAGUGAUAAAAUCUCAGGAGUUUGUGUUUGAAGGACUGAACUCUUCAUGUUCCUGAUCUGUGAGAUUAAGCCACAUCUGAGCUUACCGAGCCUUUUUGCAGUUCCACAUGGCUGGAAUCAGUCUCAGCCGGCCCUGAUCUGAUGCUUUGUACUUCUUAAGGUCCAACUCAUCCACGACUUCCUCUGACAUCUGCAGCAUGUAGGCCAGACCAGAGCAGUGGAAGUCCGAGAGGAUCUUCUGUGAUCUGCUCUCUGUCUUCAGGAAGUCUUGGAUCUCCUGAUUGGCCGAGUGAUCGUUCAUCUCUGUCAGGCAGUGGAAGAUGUUGAUGCUUCUGUCAGGAGAGAUCUUGUGAUUGUUCAUCUUCUUCAGGUUGAUGAUGACUUUCUGGAUGAUUUUUGGACUGUUGUCUGUCGGGCCCAGCAGACCUCCUAAGAGGUCUCUCUGGUUGGACUUCAGAGAGAGUCCGUGGAGGAAGCGAACACACAGGUCCAGGUGACCGUUCUGACUACGAAGAGAUUUAUUCAUGACGAUUCUCAGGAAGUUUUCCAGUGAUUGGUUUGGCCUGAAGUAUCUGCGGUCUCCCUGAUUUAAGAAGGCCUCCAGAACUUCUGUUUUACUGUUGGUGUAACAGUGGAGCAUGUAGACUGCAGCCAGAAACUCCUGAACGCUCAGAUGAACGAAACAGUAAACAGUUUUCUGGAAGAUCACACUCUCUCUUCUGAAGAUCUCUGUACAAACUCCUGAGUACACCGAGGCCUCUGAGACAUCCAGACCACACCGCUCCAGGUCUUCUUGGUAGAACAUGAUGUCUCCUUUCUCCAGAUGUUCAAAGGCCAGCCUCCCCAGAUUCAGGAGGACGUCACUGUCAGCCUCAGUCAGCUCCUGAGGACUUGUCUCAUGUCCUCUUUCAUACUUCUGCUUCUUCCUCUUAGUCUGGACCAGCAGGAAGUGUGAGUACAUGUCAGUCAGGGUCUUGGGCAGCUCUCCUCUCUGCUCUCUGCUCAUCAUGUCCUCCAGAACUGUAGCAGUGAUCCAGCAGAAGACCGGGAUCUGACACAUGAUGUGGAGGCUCCUGGAGGACUUGAUGUGUGAGAUGAUUCUUCUGGACAGAUCUUCAUCUCUGGACCUCUUCCUGAAGUACUCGUCCUUCUGGUCGUCAGUGAAGCCUCGUACUUCUGUUAUCCUGUCCACACAUGAAGGAGGGAUCUGAUUGGCUGCUGCAGGUCGAGAAGUUAUCCAGAUGAGAGCUGAGGGGAGCAGGUUCCCCUUGAUGAGGUUUGUUAACAGAACGUUCAGUGAAGACUUCUGUGUGACGUCAGACAGGACCUCAGAGUCUGUGAAAUCCAGAGACAGUCUGCUUUCAUCCAGACCGUCAAAGAUGAACAGAAGUUUACAGACAGCCAGCGUCUCUGCUGUGACCUUCUCUAGUGUUGGAUGGAAAACAUGGAGCAGACCCAGAAGACUGAAGCGCUCAUCUCUGAUCAGGUUCAGCUCCCUGAAUGAAAGCAGGACCACCAGAUGGAGGUCUUGGUUCUCCAAACCCUCUGCCCAGUCCAGAGUGAACUUCUGCACUGAGAAGGUUUUUCCAACACCAGCCACGCCGUUGGUCAGAACCAAUCUGACGACUUCCUGUCGACCUGGUAAGACUCUAAAGAUCUCAUGGCACUUGAUGGGUUCGUCAUGGAGGGUCUUCCUCUUUGAAGCGGUCUCCAGCUGUCUCACCUCAUGUUGGGUGUUCACCUCCUCACUCAGUCCCUCAGUGAUGUAGAGCUCAGUGAAGAUCCUGCUGAGGAGGGUCUCACCUCCUCUUUCAUCCGUUCCUUCCCUCACACGUUCACAUCUCCUCCUCAGACUGUCCUUAUGUUGAUGUAAGACCUCCUGUAGACCACCUUUAACAACGACAGACAAGAGAACAUCACACUGCUGAUUAUUGGAUUCAAUUACUUUAGCAAAGCUCUUGGUCCACAACUCCAGUCAACCAGAAAGCAGCCUCAGCCUUCCCAGUCCACAGCAGUGUCCCGCAGUGGGAUGCCUGACCCCGCCAAAAGGCUGGCUCCCAACAACCAUGGCUAACCCUUCACAAUAAGGCUUUGGUUGUACUGGAGGAGGAUCCUGCAACUGCUGUGUCUCCUCCAUCUGCAGCUUGUGCCCUCAUGGCUCAGGAUCUUCUCCUCAACCAGCAGUAAGCGUUGGGCACAGAGCUCUUCUCUCCUCAACCAAGUCAACUCGCCGCAGACGGCUCCCAUCAGACGCUAG